CAACCAUUUUGUUUGCAAUUCUAUCCUAAGCUAACCCAUUCAACAUAUCAACGAGACACAACCAGUUGCAGCAAAAUGGUAGCCAUUUCGGAGAUCCGUGGCCAGCUCGCAACCGUCCAAAACCUCGGUCCCGGUCUCGUUGCCGUAUUUGUCGGCGGAACAAGCGGAAUUGGCCUAUCCACCGCGCGGCAAUUCACCCGCCAUGCCACAUCUCCCCACAUCUACCUAAUCGGCCGCAACGAAGCCCAAGCCUCUGAGAUCAUCUCAGAACUGCGCACCAUCAACAAAUCCGCAACGGUCGAUUUCAUCAAAAGAGACAUCUCUCUACUCAAAAAUGUCGACAUCGCCUGCCAAGAAAUCAUCAAAAAGGAAUCAAAAGUCAACCUCCUCUUCCUAAGCGCAGGUAUUUUAACAACCCAAGGACGGACCGAAACACCCGAAGGUCUCGACCGCAAACUAAGCCUGCACUACUACGCCCGCAUGCGCUUCAUCACCAACCUCCUCCCCUCACUAACCCAUUCCGCCUCAUCAGGCCAUCUCUCCCGAGUCAUCUCCGUCUUCAGUCCCGGCAACGAAGGCAAACUGAUCGAAAACGACCUCGACCUUAAACAAAACUACAGUCUAUCUAACGCCGCAGCCCACGGAAGCACCAUGACUUCUCUCGCCAUGAUGCAUUUCGCCGCCGCACAUCCCAGCAUUAGUUUUGUUCAUAGUCGGCCGGGAGGCGUGAACACGAAUCUCCUGAGAGAUUUUAACCCGAUUUUACGGGGGCUUACGAGUGGGAUACUGGCGAUGGUGACGCCGGUUUGUUCCUCGAUGGGGCUGCUUUCUGUGAAGGAGUCGGGCGAGAGACAUGUUUUUGCGGCGACGAGUGGGUUGUUUGCGCCAAGGGAGGAACGGGUCGAGACGGUGGGGGCAGAUGGGGUGAAGGGGAGUGGGGCGUAUCGGGUGGAUUAUGAUAGUGAGAUUGUGGAGGGGAAGGGGGAGUUGUUGAGGGAGUAUUUGGGGAGGGGGGUGGGGGAGAAGGUGUGGGAACAUACGAGGGGGGUUUUUGAGAAGGUGGUGGGGAAUCAGUAG